AUGAGCUUGCUAAGCUUAUUGUUUCUCAAAAGGCAGUUAUUUAAGAAAAGAAGUAGAAAAAGAUCAGGAAAAAUCAUGAAAACAAAAAGUAGUUCUAUCGUUACUGAACCAUUAUUAAUGAACAAGGAUCUUAGGCCUGAUGUAUAUUUUUAGUUCACAUAAGACAGAGGUAAAAUUGACUAAAGUACUGGAGUGAUAAAUUACACUCUAGAAGAUAAGUCACUGGAUAAAAGAUCUAACUACCAAGGUAACUUAUCGAAAGUAGAAUUAGAUCCAUUAAGUUGGAAGACCAUAUUGAUUCAAGGGAGGAAUCAAAGUUUGAGAGACAAAUUUAAAACUACAAUAGAAAAUACAAAAAAUCUACCAAAAAUUUCACCAAACCUCCCAAUGGUAAUUUAGGACCAUGAAUAAGGUUAAAGUGAUCUAAGACUUGUGAUUCCAGUUUAAUAAGUGCAAAAGAAGUCUAUAAGAGAUAAUUCAAGCUAUCAUCCAUAUGAAAAUGUGGAUAUUAAUAGAGAACUAUAGCUAUAUACAACAUCAACUCAUCAGAACUAUGCAAAUCAAAAUAACUAUAAAAGUAUGGCUAUUAGAGGGAGAUCUAGAUAGCAUUCUGAGGAUGUUUAUGAUAAUACAUUCUCAAAAUUAAAUAUCAACAAAAAUAAGAUCGCUAAAAUUUAAUAUAAUCAAGAAGACAACUUGAAAGAAAGUUCUUAGCUAAAUGUAAAUAGUAUAACUUAGCAUGUAGGACUAUUCAAAAAUAACUUUAUAGCUCUUAAGCACCCUGAAAGUUAAAAUAGAACCAAGUAUUCCAAGAAGUCAUCCAAUUUUUAGCUGUAAUGCUAUAUGAAGGAGUUAAAGUACGAUAUAUCACUUUCAACUCUCUAUGAUAUUAAUGAUCGUAAUUGA